UACAAUUUACACGCAAUCUAUGUAAUCAGUUAUUUUUUCGUUUAUAUUUAAUACUCCAUGAAUGUCUAAAUAUUUAUACUUCAUGAAUGUCUAAAUAUUUUGAUAUGAUGUGAAAAUUUUUGACAGGGAUACAGGAGUGAAUGCCCCGUUGCUGGAUGGACUGAGAAAACUCGCACAAAACACGAUGCAUUCCUCCUCUUCCUCCCCGUCGUCCUCCGUUGAGAUCAUCGACGCCGACGCCUUCCGCUCUCGCUCCACCGACCCCGACCACCGCCGCGCAGACGCCGCCGCCGCCGACUCCCCGUUCCCGAGGUCCGUCGCCGACCACAUCGCCUCGUCUCUGCGCACGCAGGAAGCGGUCGACGCCGUCUGCAAGAAGUACGGUGUCCUGGCGGAGUUCGCCGCGCGCCCCGCCGGCGACCUGCGCGCGUGCUCGGCGCCGCCGCCGGGCGCCGCGUGCGUGUACGCGCGGGCGCUGGAGGCCGGGAUGCGCCUCCCGCUGCACCCCUUUGCCUGCGAGCUUCUCCGCCAUCUCGGCGUCGCGCCGAGCCAGAUCACGCCCAACGGGUGGCGCGUCGUGGCGGGGUUCCUCCUGCUCUCCCACCACGCCGCCGCGCCGCCGUCGCUCGCCGUGUUCCGGCGCUUCUUCAGGCUGUUCUUGUCCAAGCUGAACGGCUGGUACCACUUCCGGGGCAAGCGCGGCGCCGGCGCCGACGGGGUGCUCUUCACGGGGUUGCCCAAGCUCAAAGGGUGGAAGGGAGGCUUCUUCUUCGUGUCGUCGCCGUCGCCAUGGCCGUGCCAAGUGCGAUGGGGCGGGCCGCCGCCGUCCAAGAGCUCUACCGCCGAGCCGGUGCUCAGCGGCGAGGAGAUGGAAUUGGCGGGAAAGCUUCUGCACUUGCAUGGCGGCGCCGCGGUUGAUCUGAGGACGUAUCUCUGCGAGAGCAACCUCGCCGCGGUGUUCUCCUCCAACCUCGCCGGCGCCGCACCACCGCAGCCGCCGCCUCCUCGUCCUGCUCGUGCUAAAGGUAAGUUUCCUUUCUCCGGCGAGUUCAACGCACAGAAGGUGAAGACCGAGCCGGAGAGCGACAUGCCGUGGUGGUCGCCGUUGUCCGGGAAGAAGAGGGGGUUUGAAGCAGAGGAGAAUAACCCGCCGCCGUCGCCGACGCCGACGCCGCCUGCUCCGCAUGGCGGCUCGUGGUCGUGGUCGGCUUCCGGCAUGUGUUCCCCGCCGCCGGGCUUCGCGGCGCACGUGCCCGACAAGCACGACGGCGACUCGGCCGACUGGAAGGCCGCGCGGCAGCUGCUCCAGGCCAUCGUCACGCCGUCACGGGAGCGCCGGUUCCCGGCGGCGAAGCCCUCCGACGUCGUCGCGUCGAGCUACCUGACACUGCUUCAGGCGGCGAACUACGCGUCGUUCUCGUUCGGCUACGCGCUGGAGCUGGAGGAGAAGCUGCGUGCGCGGGAGCGCGACGCCGCCGCGGAGGCGGACGCCGUGCGGAAGGAGCUCGAGGAGAAGGCGCUGCGCGAGCUCGCGGCGGCGAAGGCGGCGGCGGUGCAGGAGUACCUGCGCUCCGACGAGCACAGGCGGGAGCUCGCGGCGCACGCGCUGGAGGGGUACGAGCGCGGCAUGGAGCGUCGCGCUCCGGCGCCACCCGCCCGGAUACAGGUAGUGUUAGAUAAUAUAUCUCAUCCUGUAUCUUAUCCCAUAUUAUUUCCUUCCAAUCGGAUUCGAGAACGGAUAUCUAUUUGUAUAUCUAAUUCAUAG